AUGUGGGCGUCAUCCUGCAAGCUGUGGCAUGUUACAGAAGACGUACUUAUCGAUGCUAAACACAAUGGCUACAAGAACUUCGUGGUAGAUUCUCCAUCUAGAUACUUGGAGCAAGUAUUGCUUCAUGCACAACAAGUAGGCAUGAUGGCUGAGGAACAUUCGUAUAUUUUCGUAUCGCCCGACCUCUUUACUUUGGACAUGAGUCGGUUCAAAUAUGGAGGAGUUAAUAUGACGGGAUUUCGUUUAGUAGAACUACAAGACAAGGACAAUGAGAAACUGUGGAACUUCACAUCCACACUGAACUUAGAAACUGGGAAAACAUUUAAACCUGAACAGCUUAAAACUCAAGUGUUACUCAUACAUGAUGCAGUCGAAGUGUUCGCUGCUGCCUUCAAGAAGGUUAAGGUGCAACCUGAGACUCUGAGCUGUGAGAAUUACCAAGCUUGGAGUUUUGGAUCGACACUACUCAAUUUUAUGAAGACGAACAAGGUAGAAGGACUAACAAGGUCAUUGAUAUUCGACGGGGUGGGACAGCGGACUGAUGUCACAUUCAAUAUACUUGAAUUAACUUCAGCUGGCAAUCAGUCAAUAGGUAAUUGGACAAACAAUGAAUUGAAAAUAAACAGGCCGCUCGUUGCUGAUGCAGAAAUCACUCAAGAGUCAGCACUGAGGAACAAAUCGUUAAGAGUACUGAUUUCGUUGGCUCCGCCAUACGGAUACAUGAGAAAAUCAGAUAAGAAAUUAGAGGGUAACGAUCAGUACGAAGGAUUCACAAUUGAUUUGAUUGAUAAAUUGAGUGAAAUUCUAGGAUUUAGCUACGAAUUUGCCGUUGAAGAAGACUAUGGCACUAAAACUGAGACCGGUGAAUGGACUGGCAUGGCUCUUCAGCUUAGAGAAGAGAGAGCGGACCUAGCUAUAUGCGACUUAACUAUAACGGCAGUGAGACAGAGUGGCAUAGAUUUUUCCACGCCGUUCAUGACACUUGGUAUCGGAAUACUGUAUAAGGAGCCCAGUAAGCAGCCACCCGAGAUGUUCUCUUUCAUGGCUGUCUUCUCUAAGGAGGUUUGGUACUACAUGAUGCUAAUCCAAUUGGCUUUGGGAGUCACGAUGAUCUUCGUAGGCCGUAUAUCAAACAAGGAAUGGCAGAAUCCAGUGCCCUGUAUAGAAUCCCCUGAAGAAUUGAAUAAUCAGUUCAGUUUCGCCAACUCCGUAUGGCUCAUUAUAGGAUCUGUUAUGCAGCAAGGUUCAGAAAUUGCACCCAUAGCGAUAGGUCCCCGUAUGAUAACCAGUGUAUGGUGGUUUUUCACCAUGGUAAUGGUGGCAUCAUACGUCGGUACUUUAGUCGCCUUCCUCACUGUCGAGAAAAAUGUCUUGCCUUUCGAAACAGUUCAAGAGCUCUAUGAAUCAAAAUCAAUUACUUACGGCGCCAAGGAAAAAGGAUCCACUAAACAGUUCUUUGAGAAUUCUACAAACCCGAUAUACCAGGCCAUGUUCAAAAAAAUGAAGGCACACAAUUGGCUCGCCAAAGAGAAUGACAUUGGUGUCUACUGGGCUGAAACUCAAAAUUAUGCAUUCUUUAUGGAAUCCACAUCUUUGGAAUAUUAUAAGGAGAGACAUUGCGACUUACUGCAAGUCGGUGGUCUACUGGACUCCAAAAGUUACGGCAUCGGAAUGAAAAAGAAAUCGCCUUAUAAGAAAUAUAUUGAUGAUGCAUUACUAAAACUCAAGGAAAAUGGUGAAAUAGAAAAACUGAGGAACAUUUGGUGGAAAGAGAAAAGGGGCGGUGGGAAGUGUGGAGAAAAACGUGAUGCAGAUCAGAAACAGUUGGGUAUGAAGAACAUGUUGGGUGCAUUCGUAGUGCUCGGCGUCGGCUGCCUCAUAGGACUGUUUAUAUCUAUUAUAGAUAUGCUGUGGGGAGUAUUCAAGAGAUCCGUCAAAUAUAGUACAACCUUCAAAUACGAGCUGAUAGAAGAGCUAAAGUUUGCUCUAAAGUUUAGCGGUCAUAUAAAACCCGUUAAGCGACCACAGAAGGCGAUCGAAGGCAGCUUCGAAGCUCUGGCGAAAGCUGAAGGCAAGGAUGAUAUACGUUCGCUACACUCGAUUCGGUCCUGCGACACUCAUAGAACACAUCAUUCACAUAGCUCCAGGCAUUCGUCACGAAGUCUUAGUGUGGCUUUCGCUAAGCGACGAUCCUAUAGCUAAAUUGAUAUUAAUUUAAGUAGUACACGUGUUGUUGAAAGGAAUAUGGUAAUGCCCUUUUAAGUCAAGCUUUUGAGUAUAUUCGUUACAAAGGAACCAUGUAACAUAGUUUAUGUUAGUGACAGAAACCAAUGUGGUGGUAGUUAUACUUUUGGCGAGAUGGUAUAACGCCCUCAGCCCAUUUCUCAGGAAAUUAAUUACCUACUCUUCUGCAAACAAACCUUUGAAUAAUAAUAUUGUUGUUUAAAAUAACAUGAAAUGGAAUAGCGUGUUGAAGUUAAUUUAAACUGGUUGAAUUUAAAAUAAUUUAGUUUUUUGUUAAUGUCUUCUAACAUCUCAAUUUUCGUAUGAAUUUAUUUUAAUUAUACUAUAGUUAGUUAUUUAUUAUUACAUAAUUAUAAUGUAUGUUAAAAAAAGAAAGGUAUUGUUUACCGUUAAAUAAAUUUUACUUUGUCUAAAAA